AUGGUCUAUAAUUCUCAUUGUGUGUUGGUUUUCUUUCUUUUAUUAUUUGUACAGCUCUCAGCGGCUCCCCCACCCCCACGAGGAGUGUCUGCAGACAUCACUUUUGAGAAAACCGCGCUCGAAUUAAGUCACCCAGACAGACGACACUGGACUCCUCCGCCAUCUCUGUUCCAAAAGCUUCCUCGCCAACCAGAGGCUUCACCUUCUCAAGAAAGUAAAAAACCGGUAAAUCUAGGAGCAAUCAUACACCAGAAAUCAAACCUAGUCCUGGAUCGUUUGAUCAUUGCUGGUGAAAGGAAUCGGAUUAUCAAAUCAGACACAUCUGCUACCUGGGGUAACGUUUACAAAUUUAGAUUCACUGAGCAACGCGAGCAAAUAGGAAAACAUCCUGCUUUCGACAUGUUUGGAAAGACUUUCAGCUUCAGGGUAGCUUACCGAGUAGCUAAUAAAUCCGAAAAAGAUAGUAUGGAUCGGAUCUUAGACAUUGGCAAUCAACCAGCCGAGAUUCGCCAGACCAUUUCGAAGAUUGAUCAGCUUUGUGAUAUCAUAUUCGAUGGAGAUGCUCAAGACCCCGCUAUUGAGCACAAGAUCCUUGAAGAAACCCAAAGUUUUCGCAACAGGUUCAAUAACAUCUUUGAUGGUAUCUACUCACAGGAGAUUGAGAAAAUGAUUCCAGAAGAAACGAAUCCAAAAAGCAUGACUCCUUCUCUUACCAUUCAAAAAUUCCACCAGAAACUCGUUGCGAUUGAGGAGUUGAACCAGAAGACAUCAAUCUUAAAGUUGCAUACAAAACUUGACCAAGCCAUUGGAAUGUACUACAUGUUAGUUGAACCUCAUCAACCGAUUAAAAAGUGGGAUCAGAUUGAACAACCGAUUGAGCAGUGGGAUCAAAAAUCAUUAAUUUCAACCUUGUAUCCAAAACUCGACACACUAUUUCGAGAACUUGCUAUCGAACAAGGAUAUUACCUGGAGCGAUACCACCCACCGUCUGAAGAAUGGGAUCAAGAGACCCUGAUUCUCAAGUUGCCUACAACACUUGCAGGACAAGCUUCCUACCUCAAGUACCUCCCAGAUCAUUAUGACCCAUCGGUCAAGAAUUGGGACCAGAAGGCUUUAAUAUUAAAAUUUCACAAGAAACUUGACAAUUUACUUUCCCAACUUUCGCCAUUCCCGCAGCCCAAAAAACAUGGUCUGAAACUGUGUAUUCCUUGUCUUAACUGGUUAAUUUGA